AUGACCAAUCAGCUUUCAGAUCCCGACGCGCUCGUGUCAUUGCCGGACUCUAGAGCAGAGCUGGAAGUAGUGCUGGAACAGACAUUGAAUCUACUGCGCAAGGCGCUAAAGACAGCACAGAGUGUGGCGCUAGACAGUACGCUAUCGAAUAAGGCAAUGCAGGUGGCCGUACUGGCUGCACAAGUCCAAAAGUGCUGUACCAUUACUAGUGGCAGCAAACAGUUCAAAUCGUUGCAGCCCAGUCAUGACGCUAGUGAGGACUGGGCGAACAAGAAGCAGCAGGAAUCAGCACCACAGCCUUCAGUCUGGUCUGGAUUCUACAACAAAACACUGCGCGAACGAUUAGAUGUACUGGCGCUCAUGUACCCGCAACUCAAUAGUCUCAAGAUGCAACAAACGGGUGGCAUCGAUGUAGCUGCUGAAAUAAUGUCUUCAUCAGAUCCGGCAAUGAAACUUGGCGAGUUGCCGCUACGCACGGCAAACCUCAUGAUCGAGAAUUGUAUUGGCGUGCUUGGCAUCCCGCUUGGCCUUGGCCUUAACUUUGUCAUUGACGGUAAAAGUAUGUCCGUGCCCAUGGCCGUCGAAGAGCCCUCGGUGGUGGCUGCAGCCUCUAGCGCGGCAAAGCUCGUGGCUGCUGCGGGGGACGGCUUCCAUACAUCGACAUCUGACAAUGUUAUGACGUCUCAGAUUCAGCUCGUGGGCACCAAGGACAUCCCAGCAGCUAUUGCAGCUAUCAAAUGCAACCGUGAGCGGCUGCUUUCAAUUGCUAACACUACGCUUUGUCCAAACAUGAAGAAACGUGGUGGCGGUGCCGUCGAUAUUUACUGCCGCGUAGUUAGCCAGGCCGCGCGGACUACUGCCACUACUGCCGGUGGUAGUUCCUGGUACACUCCAUGCGACAAUGAGCUCGUGAUACACGCGUCUGAGCCACAGACGCAAUAUCUCGUCGUGCAUAUCGAUGUGGAUGUGUGUGAGGCCAUGGGUGCCAAUAUUGUCAACACAGUUGCUGAGGGGUUAUCUGAAGAAAUCUCGAAGGUGACGCAAAGUCGUGUAGGCUUGCGGAUUGUCACCAACCUUUGCAUGCAACGCCGUGCUCGAACUGAGUUUGAAAUCCCUUUGAACAAGCUUGGUUGGAAAGGUGUUGACGGAAAAGUUGUGGCGGACCGCAUUAUCGAGGCCUAUAAUUUCGCCGCUAUUGAUCCGUACCGCGCAGUGACUAAUAACAAGGGAAUUAUGAACGGUGUAGAUGCUGUAGCCGUGGCUACCGGCCAGGAUUGGCGAGCCAUCGAAUCGGCUGCGCAUUGCUAUGCUAGUCGCUCGGGGCAAUACGCGUCACUGUCGCAUUAUGAAAUCGGUCUUUCCCGCGAUGGUUCCGGAACGCAGGUGCUACGUGGCAGUUUGGAAAUGCCAAUCGCGGUCGGAUCGAAAGGUGGUGCGUUAAUGACCCAUCCUGGUUACACUGCCACUCUCGCGAUACUGCAGCAGCCAACAGCUCGUAGUCUAAGCGGCAUUAUCGUAAGUGUUGGGCUUGCUCAAAACUUUGCAGCCAUUCGCGCUAUAGCGGUGACGGGUAUUCAGAAGGGUCACAUGGCUCUCCACGCACGAAAUAUUGCUGUCGCUGCUGGAGCGCCCAGCGAACUUGUGUCGGAGGUGUGCAGCUACAUGUUAUUGCGAAAGUCUAUUAACGUGGAGACGGCGAAGGAGUACUUGCAAGCUCAUGCAGUGUUCUCUGAGAUCCUGAGCAAAUCACCGCCAACUUCGCCGGUCUCAGUGACGCUGCCGUCCAUGUUCUACGUAGAAGUUCCCAUUCCGGAGCUGGAGAGCACAAUCAGUCUCAAUCUUGCAUUUGAAGCUAUUAAUAAGCAUCCGCAGUACAUCGCUAUCAUGGCACCAAACGCUGCGAACAAGGGUGACAAAGCGACAACGACACUACAGCGACAGUUGCUGGGCGAUAAAGGCUACAACCAGCUGGAGGAGAUGUUCACGUUCCUGGCUUCCAUGCGUUCCAUCUUUAUCCCCAACUCGAACACAGAGAGCGAUCUACUGGUAUCCCGCUCAAACAUCGGAUUGCAGAACAAGCUGCAGCUACUGUCCAUUCUCAUCAAUAUUAUUGCGUACCGACUCAUGGAGGUGCGCCCACAAAAUGUGAGCACGUUCAUGCGCAAGCUCCUAGUGGCAAGUAUCGGGUCUGCAAAUGGGGUCAUUGAUGGUGAGAUGCACGAGUUGGAUGCUAAGUCCUUCCACGACUUGAUUGUGGAGAAUGUGGAGCCUGGUGACGAAAUCCUUUCCACAGGUUUGCCGCUCUUCCUCGCUCUGUGGCAGGUACUGCACUACCACAUUGAACAGGAGGUGCCCCACAAAAUGCUGCAGGAUCGUCUAGUAGAGGAGCAGCGGGAAUUGUUGAACGAUAUCGUCAUGAGUUACGAGAUGGGGACGCUUUCCAACGACAACUCCGAGGCGACGCUCGCUACCUAUCAGCCGCUCGAGGAGACAUUUCUCGCAUAUGUUGCAGUACAAGCCACACGCUGGCAAGCGCCAUUUCUUCUGCUGAUCGACGCGCUGGCAUUACCCUCCGAUUUGGUGACACCUGAGCGAUUAGAUUUCCUCACCCGCAUUGGUGAGUAUAUGGAAUGGGAAGGCUCGAUCGCACACGACCUGGCACGCUACCAGCGCGACGCUACUGAACGUGUGCCCAACGCAUUUCUCUUUUGGCUAUCUCAGCGUGGAAUUCCCCACUCAGAGGGCAAGCAGUACGAAAGUGAAUUCCGAGGUCUUGCCAACGUUUGGGCUAUGAGUAAGUGGGACCAGCUGCUGCAAGAAGCGCGACGAGAUUCAUGCGUUGCAGCUACAUUUUCGUUACCAGCGGUGGAACGCGUCAUUGGCCUCAUUUACGAGAUCUAUGGUGACCACAGCCGCGACUAUCGGAAGGAGUCCUUAUAG